AACCUACAUUUUUCUUCAUUCAGCACGACUGGCUUCUCCUUGGAGCGCGGAGAGAGCAGCUUGCGCAUGCGCGCUCGAUAGACUUUGAGCAGACGUGUGAACGUGAAAUUCGGAAUGCCGUAGGUUUUUGAUACAUACGGUUACGUUUCCCCGUGUUUUUUGAAGUGUGGCAUGGGUCCUAGCGCGUGUCGACGGAUCGCCGACUUGGACCGAAGACGCAUCCAACUGCGGACCCGGUGUUUGUGAAUGGGCCGCAAAUACGGUGACAACAUCGAGUGCAGGAAUUGGUCCGGUGCUGCGACGGCUGCUACUGCAAGUACUGCUGCUGGUGGUUGGGCAGACGAAAUUCCUAGGCCUAACGACAUUCACUCGUCCAUCGAAAAAUGCACAGUGGUACCGCCGACAGGCUCCGGAUAGGCAACGAAGUCAGGGAACUCAAACUCGGACGCAGCUUUUCGGCGACUGGUGGCACGGCAUUCCAUUCCAUUAGGUACGAUUUCAAGCCGGCUUCUGUAGAUACCUCCAAGUCCGCCAACGUUGAAGUUGGGGAAAAGAACCAAAUCACUGUGACAGUUCCUCAUAUCGAGAAUCCUCUUGCACAGGGUUCUGGCACUGCGCACACGGUGUUCAAGGGUUCGCAGCGGCCAUACCAGAGGGAGUGCGUCCUUGUGGUGGACAACGUCACUGGCGAGAUCACCCUUGAAAGGCUCAGCUGCAACAUACAGCUCAAGAAGACGAGGGCGGAGGGCAGCAGCAAGUGCCAGCCCCGCCCCAUCACCCCGAUCGACAGCGGCAGCGGGGGCUCGCGCAAGCACUCGCCGAGCCAGAAGCUGUCUCCGCCGCAGAGCAACGGCCAGCCCAAGCUGUCCUGGGUGACGAGCUCCCCGGGCCAGCAGCGGGGGGGCAUGCCCCGCAUCUCGCCCAGCGGGCAGCAGCGCAGCCCUAGCCAGAGCAGCCCCUCCAUGCCCACCCUGGUGACCCCCCGGGAGGGCUCCCGGGCACCCUCGGCCAGCAGGGACAGCAUGCCCCUCCUCACCACCGAGACCCUCGGCGUGAACGAUUCUCAGGAGGUCCCCGACGUGGGCGUGCUCUCCGACUCGAGUGAGUCGAGCAACUCAACUAGCAAAAGCUCGGUGAGCUCUGACUCGAGCGACUCCGAGCACGAGGACGUACCGCCCCAGACGACCUCCUCUUCCUCUCGGCCUCCCCACUCUUCCAGGGGUCAGCACUUGACGGUAAACGGAACAAAUGGCCAACAGCACUCCAACAAUGCUUCCUUCUCAAGUAUGCCGAGGUUUAGCCAAUUGAGUGAGGACCUGCGUCUAAGUGAAUCUGGCAGCGACAGCGACGACUGAAAGUCCACAGCCACAGCCACUGGAAGGCGUGCGACUCCGAGCGACACUAUUACCCAAACCGUUGGCAAAAAUCUCGCACCCGAACGGACGGGGCGGGCCACUUUCCACACACGUUCCCGUCGACCGCACGUCGACACGCCCUGACGCUCCGCAAGAGAACUCGUCCCCGUUCCUUCAUCGGCAGUGCUUGCGAGGCAUUGUUUUUUUGCGUCUUCCAAGUUUCCCCGCCGCUCUCGUUUGUCGUUGGAAGCUUCUCGAAGCCGCCUAGAACCGUUCUGUUUUCUGCGACCGUUUGCAUUGUUCGUAGAUUCCCACUUUCCCCGUUGUUCCCGUGGAGGAAAGAAGUGCGCCUAGUCUAGCACCACGCAGGCGCGAGCCCGUCUACGCCGGCCUCUUUGACAGGAGCUUGAAGCCGGGUUUCGCUCCCUAAGCGUGCGUAAGUUGUUCUGGUGAGAGCAGGGGGCUGGCAAAGGAAUUGAGGAAAAGAUGCUUCUCAGGUGCUCUAGAGAAAGCCAACAAAUGCGUAAGUGUGCCUCAUUCGCGUUUUAUCGAUAGUGGUCUUGUUUCUUUUUCAAGUUUUUUCUUAUGUAGGCGAACUUACUUUAUUCGUUUUAUGCUGCUUUUGGUCAUCUGAGGCUGCAGUUCUCCUAGGGGACGUCGCAUCUGUCGCUGGUCGUGGCUCCUAAGACUGUCGUCUUUCAUAGUGAGAAGGACCCAACGGGACAACGGAUGCAUUUGGCACGGCUUGCACAGAUCAAAUUAUUCGUGCCUCGUCGUAAGCCUAAUUCUCGAUGCAUCCUGUCUGGAGUGAGACAACCAAGGUCAGCAGGAGAUAGUGGUAAUGCUAUCGAUGGCUCUUAAAUUUUUAAAGAUGACCCGACAUGGUGAUCUUUUUUGGCAUUAUCAUUCUCGUAAUGGUAUUGGCUUCUCGUACUAGACCGGAGUUCAUAGAAAUUAUGCCGCGGGCAUUGUAUAUGCCUGAGUAAAUAGGGCGGGGUAGCUUCCUUUUCAUCUUUAGGUCCGGGGCGUGUUAUUAGCCAAACAGAAAAAACAAAAUGGAGAACUAACUAAUUGCGAAGCCCUCUCUGUUUGCUGGUGAGCCGUGCCAAAUGUUUGUUUUUAAAGUCAAAAGUUGUACUAUUGGCCUUUCUUGCAAUGAGCCGCAGAUGUACCGAUACCUUUGAGAAUUUUCGCCUCAGUUAGUCUGUCAGUUUCUAACCGGAACUGCUAUGUUACCCAAAACUACAUACGGUCUACCGGUACAUCGCACGGUGGUGAAAACGAAGUUAAGCUUAUGCUGCUUAAUUUUAUUUGUUUGUCUUCAAGUGUUCUGUUUACAAAGGAAACCAACACUGCUGUAGUUUCAUUUGGCCCUUUCAUUCUCAGGCUAAACAUCCGUUUACAGCAAAGUCAGUACAACGGCUCGUCCGUUCCGUUCCGUAAAUUAGAACCUACGAAAACUUUCGUCUUGCACUUCCAAGGCCCGUGCCGUGAACAAAACGUCCUCUGGUAAUGCAUAAUCGCAAGCAAGCUCCAAGUAUGACACGUCAGUGCAGAAAACGAGGCUAUCGGGUUUUCUCUCGUGUUGUCUUUGUCUUCUUUAGCUUAUUACCUUCGGGAGGAAAGGUUGAUGAUGCAGGGCUUGGUCAAUACACGUUGCUCAAUUUUCUUUGGAGUGUGGGGGCAAGGGGGGGAGCGCCCUGCAAAAGCAAAACUGGCGCCUGAGCGAUGCGUCUCUGCUGGCGUUUCCCCAAGGCUAGUCUUCCCGAGGCGAAGGCCUUUUCAGAUGCAGCACACACGAUUCCACGCACUUUCCACAUUCUUCCCCCUUCUUCAUCCCCCCCCCGAAUUCUAAGCGCACACGCCUUUUCACGCACUUUGUCGGGUCCUCCCUUGAGUCUCUGGCGUCCGGGUCGAACCGGGAAACUGUUCUCGUGAUGCGUCGGACCGUCUAACUGCGCGUCUCGGAAUUCGCGUCCGCAAGACAUUCUCUCGCCGGCGGAGAGAAACGUGUUACGCUUGGGGACACCAGCAGUGGGCUCUCCACUUUGACGGGUCAGAGAAGUUGCUGGUGAUGUGGUUUUUGGCGACGCCAUUUGUAGCGCAGUCUCGCUGGGCCUUAGGCAAAGUCGCGUCAAAUCUAACGGUGAACCCGUCGAAGCGAAGACCUUCCGGUGGUGUUCCCAAACGGGGCUUCUGUGUGUUCUCGUGCCGAAUUCGAGCUCUACUCGCCGUAGCGUACCAAAAAGCUGCCCUUUCUCUGCGUCGAAAGCGCGUCGCUCGACCCGCCGCCGCCGCGCGAGACUCGUGGCGCGAUUGUAACAUUUCCACAACGUGAAGCCGCCACCUCUUUCUAAGCCCUUGCCCAUCGAAGCGUGCCAAACACAGAAAGGACGUUGAGGACAAACAAAGGGUGUCCUCCCGAGACGUCACCUCCUGCACGAGCGUGCACGGGGAAGUAAAGCGGUGUGCUGCGCCGUUUUCUCGGGGUAGGUUGUUUGUAAUUCGUGCUGUUACUCCGGUCUGCGACGGACGGCGUGCAAUCCAUGUCUGUUCGUUAAGUGUUGAAAUGAGGAGCAAGAGGAUGCCGAACGUUUGGCUUGGUUGGCCGCGAAACGGUAGAGUUGUCUGCUCGAUUGAGGUUUCGUUGCUCUCUUCCCACCUUCGCGUUUCCCGUCUUUUGUCGAGCCAACUACGAGACCCGCAAAAGUCAACCGACAUGCCUUACUGUCGCGGCGAAACGUUGAAUUUCGAAAAAAAUGCGCACCGAGAAGAAAAAAAGAAAGAAAUAUGCUUCCAGCUCUGUCUGUACCUUAGGUGGGGCAUGCACCGUACCUUAGCCGUUGCUGUCGUGUGAAACGUGUGCGUCGGCCGCUUCUCAUACAUUCCCGCACGGCAGUGCCCAGUCAGGCCCCGACAGCUUUGAUUUUUUUUCCUCUUUCAGGUUUUUUGUGUCCCUCGUAUUUUUUCUUUUUUUGUGAAGCUGUUCAAGGAUUUUGUGUCCAUGCAUUACCAACUGUGAUUUAACUUGCAGCAGCCCCGAGUCGUAAAAAAAACUCGGGGAAACGACGACGGUCGCGGGGCUCGCGGCUCUGCCGCGCCAGAAGACUUACCGAAUGCCUGGUUUGCAGUUUAGGACGUUGGCUUUUCAGUACUAGUCAUGCGGUUCAAGAUUGAAGAGGAGAGGGCGGUAGUUUACUUUUUUUGUGUGUGGAGAAUAAACUCCCCUCCACCCACUCUUUUUUUUAUUUUUUUUUAUUGCGAUGUCGGCUUGGAGUUUUUUCCGACGGUUUGGUGUGAACUGUGGACUACUCUGCCAAUGAGGCUGUGACUGCUAGUGACUGUUGUGGUCUGCCAGACUGUUUUCUUGAACUAUGAGCAUUGCAUUCCUUGUGCCAGUGUUGAUGCAAAUGCACAUAUGUUCCAUGUACUUGAUUAUGUUGUCAGAGAAGCAGGGUGGUGAUAACAAUGAUACUCUUACCUCUUAUCCAAAUUGCAUUGUACUUGUUUGUAAAGGCAAUUCUGCAGUGUUGAAAGAUGUGUUUUUUUUUUCUAUAGUCAAACACACUGGAAGUAAACCUCAAGUGUCCCAAGCUUUGUAUGUGACUCUGACCUAUGCAUUCGCCCUGGUUCUUAGAGUAGCUACAAAGUAGAUAAGAUGUUUUAUUAUUAUUAUUAUUAUUAUUAUUAAAUAUACAAGUUUAAACUGC